AUGAAACAGCGACCUUCAAUGAGUUUUCUGUCCAAAAGCUGCAACCUUCCUGAAGAUUGUUGUUUGAAACAGCUAUGUUAUUCAAGAUCGCUGUUUGAAAUAGCUACCUUAAGAAGGUUGCUGUUUCAAACCACCAACUCAAUAAAGAUCGCUGAAUGGGAUUUCAUGCAACUUUAUUCAUUUCGUGGUGGUGAAGAUCACAGCGAUUUUCCCGUCUCUCUACUAAAGAGAGUGAGUGGUCUUCUUAGAUGGGAAUACAAGAACCCAUCUUCAUAUCCGCUUCAAUGGAAGCGUAAAACACUCCCCAUAUUCGCAGAAUGCAGCGCCUUUUACCACACAUUACAAAAACCGUCCCCUUUGACAACAACCGAAGAGCAUGAUCUUGAACUAGUCCACAAAAGACUAACCACAAUAUGUGAUAAGGCCUUAGAAAGCAAUGUGCCUGUAGUCAUUGAUGCAGAGGAUACUUCUAUCCAACCGGGCAUCGAUUGCUUCACAUAUUGGGCUACUGUCAAGUACAACAAGGGCACAAAGCCCUUAGUUUACGGCACCGUUCAAGCGUAUUUGAAGGAUGCGGGUCAGAGGUUGUUUGAGACCAAGAAAGCUGCUGAUAAAAUGGGAUUGCCAAUCGGGUUUAAGCUUGUAAGAGGAGCUUAUAUGUCCAGCGAAAGAAAACUGGCUCAUUCGCUCGGUGUUGAGUCUCCUAUACACAAUAGCAUCAAUGACACGCACCAUUGUUUCAAUGAGUGCGCUUCGUAUAUGCUCGAUGAGGUCUCUAGUGGCCCUGGUGGGCUCAUUCUUGCUACUCAUAAUCUUAAGUCAGGUAAAGUUUGUAACUUUACGGCUUUGAUCAUCAGGUUGCUUUGCAUUUUUGUUAUUUGUUAAGAAAAGUUUUAAAAAGGUACAUUUUGUUAUGUUCUUAGAAUGGAUCAUGAGCUAGUUGUAGUGCACCAAAUUUUAUAAAUGUAUUGUGAAUCAGGGUACAUUGAUUAUGAAAACCGAAGUUGAAAACAUAAUAUUUCGAAAACGAGGUAUUUCUUAAGACAACAUUCAAGAUCUUCAACACUGCAUGGCUUCAAACUGACUUUUGAAUGAGUCUUUACAGGGAAAAUGGCUGCCCGAAAAGCACGCGAUUUGGGGAUUGGUAAAGAUAGUGAUAAGCUUGAAUUCGCCUCGCUUUAUGGAAUGGCAGAUGCAAUGAGUUUUGGAUUGAGAAAUGCAGGGUUUGGUGUGAGCAAAUAUUUGCCAUUCGGGCCCGUUUCGGAGAUCAUGCCUUACCUUUUGAGACGAGCAGAAGAGAACAAAGGGUUACUCUCAUCUUCUAAUCUUGAUAGACAUCUCAUGAUGCAAGCAACUUGUAUACUCUUAUGUAUACAUAAUUGUUUCUAGAGAAGUUCUUUUAACAAUUGAAUUGAUGGUGUUAGUAUUAUGUUUAUGCAGGAAAGAGUUAAAGAUGAGAGUGAAUGCUUGUGUUUUACGCUUGGUUGAAGGCGAGAGUAGAUUCAAAACAUAAGCAAGCUCCAUUGUUGAAGUUAAAAUGUGAUGCGAUUCGAGUUUGGGCCUUUUGCUUCUAGACCUUGUUACCAUGUAGUUCCAAGGAUGCAUAUAAAUCAAUAGGAGUAUGUGAUUUCUUUGAGGAUAAUAAAACAAUAAUGGAGAGCUUUCAUUAUUCUAAUUCAUGUAAAAUUCUUCCUCUCCAA